CUCCGGCUGACUUGACGCGGCUCCACCAUCCGAGGCCACCUGCCAACGGACACAAACCGACGAGCAACUGCGCACUGCGGCUCCUUCUCCGCCGUUUACCGGGAGGCAAACACCGGCCUUGAGGUGUGUGUCAGCAGGAUGGAGGUGGUGUCACAGUGUGUUUGAUCAUGGCGUCCACGUUAUCCCGUCACCUGAGGCGUUUUCGUGCCAAACUGCUGCAACGUUACGAACACCGGCCUUUCGUAUCGUGUCUGUCCGGUUUGUACAGCUGCCAGUGGAGACGCCGUGAGAGGAACAACACUGAGCCUGGAGACUGUUGCUGCAACAAGUUGGAGGGUGCCAGCUUCGCUCUGCUUGCGGCUGCUUUCUGCUUAACGCUGGUGUUCCUUUACUUCUGGGUACAAGCAAAGAACGACUACAAUGACUUUGACUGGUUUAACUUUGGGAGCCUGGGCUUCUGGUUUCCCUGGUCUGUGGUGCUGCUGGUCGUGGCUGCUGGGUUCUUCACCUACGUCACUGUCCUCACGCUGCUGGCUGUGUGUUUGCUGUCAGAGGGCCAGAAGCUCUAUUUACACUGGAGUCACAAGAUCGGGAUCCUGGUCAGCCUGAUGUUCUCCAUCGCAGCUACUGCCAUCCUAUCCGACCUGUGGAGUGAAGAAUGGACGACGCUGCUGCUUUCCUUCCAGAUAACGGCACCUUUCUUACAUGUGGGCGGAGUCUUACUGAUGACAGCGCUUGCUUGGCCAGUCGCUCUGCAUUUCUUUCGCAUGAACAGCAGAGUAAAGCGAGGCCUGAUCCUGGGAGUCUACCUGACCGUCCUGUCUGCUCUCUACUUGGUGCCUCUUGGUUUCUAUUCUCCUUGCAUCAAAGAGGAGGGAACCCUCGGCCCUGCACCGGCCCUUAUCGGCCACAGAGGAGCUCCUAUGCUCGCUCCAGAAAACACACUGAUGUCUUUUGAGAAAGCGGUGGAAGCUGGAAGUGACGGCCUGGAGACGGACGUCACCAUUAGUUUUGAUGGAGUUCCCUUCCUGAUGCACGACCAAACUCUGCGACGGACCACCAACAUCCACGAGGUUUUCCCAAACCGGACCAACACUCCGGCUGCCAUGUUCACCUGGAGCGAACUGGAGAGCCUGAAUGCUGGUUCCUGGUUCUUCUCUCACAAUCCGUUCGGUACAGCGAACUCUCUGGGAGCAGAGGACCAGCGGCGGGCAGGAAACCAGUCGGUGUGCAGCCUGAAGGCCUUCCUCCAGCUAGCAGCUCAGACCAACAAACUGGUGAUCUUUGAUCUAUACCGGCCACCCAUGGGUCACCCGUACCAAGACAGCUGGAUCAACCGAACGCUGGAGGUCGUUCAGUCAACCAUUUGGUCCUCACAGGUGUUGUGGCUGCCUUCAGAUCUCCGAUAUCUGGUGCAGGAACUCGAUCCAGAGCUGCAGCAGACUUCAGGCAGUCGGCUCCCUCUAGAGGAGCUGCAGAGUCAAAACAUUGUCAAACUCAACCUGCACUACAGCUCCAUGUCUGCACGGCUCAUCAGUGAGUACGCUGCAGCCAACAUCACCACCAACCUGUAUGUGAUCAGCCAGCCGUGGCUCUACUCUCUGGCCUGGUGUGCUGGAGUCCACUCAGUCGCCACCAACAGCCCUCAGCUCCUCAGAACCAUGAGCUCCCCGCUGUUCCUCAUGAGUCCAGCUGACUAUAAGCUGAUGUGGAUUUUCGCUGAUCUUCUGUCUUUGCUGCUGAUCUGCUUCAUCUUAUUCUUUCACAGGUGGCGAGAACGAGGACUGGCUUUCUACUCGGGCAACAAAGUCACACAGGAUAACAGCACUUACAGCAAAUUCAAAACAGAGAUGAGUGACAUCUGGUCCGUCUCCAGUGCCAACUCCCAACAUGAGAAAACUGCCAACCUGGCGACGGUAACCGAACACUAACAUCUGCCUCCGCUGAGCUUCACGCUGCCGACCUGUUAGACCUCAGAGAAACACUUCAUCACGCCCGGUUUGUCUUAAAGAGGCUGAAACAUCAUCAGCAUUCUGCACAGAAGUCAAACGCUCUUCUCAGGUCAGGUGUUAACUGAUUUUACCUCAGAAAUCUAAACGUAUAACCACAGCUGGUGCCUGUUAGCUUAGCAUAAAGACUGGAAACAGCUAGCCUGUUGUUGGUUAAAGCUAACAAAAUCCACCUUCCAGAUCUUAUAUCUUUGUCAGCUUUUUUUUAAGCUUACAGCGUUUUCACACACUUUUAUAAACCUCUAAUGCUUAAACCUGCAGAGAGGAACAUUUGUCGCCCCCUUCUGGCAGUGGGAGGAAUUACACAAACACUAUCGACGUAUGCUAAUUACUAGCCGUCAGUCUGUAAUCGUUUCUUUUUUAUCUGCAGCAUUUUAAACAUUCCUACAAUUCUACAAUUUCAUUUAGCAGACGCUUUAUCCUAACAAUUCUUAGUUCCUUAGAUAUUUCCUCAGUUUUUCCACUUGUAGUUAAUUUAAAACUCAAUCUAGAAGUUUACCUGAAGCGGAUAGGUUUAACAGCUGUUUGGCUUGAAUAUAACAGAUUAUUUCUAUGUAGAAGUCCUGCACUCCUGCUAAUAUCUCAAUUAUAUAUGAGGCCAAAACUAAAGAAAUACCUGUACUAUUCAAUUUAUAUGUGUAAGUUACUUACUUUAGCCAUCUCAUGAUAAGAAGUAAUAAAUAUAGUCAUGAAACUCUC